AUGGGACUUUACAAUAGCAAAAUCAACAAAAAUCAAUCUCACUCUCUUAACAUUGAGAAAUUAAAAUCAACAAGUAGUGAUGUAUUGACUGAGAGUAUUUCUGAUACCAGUAACUCUUAUUGCGAAAAUGGUAGAAGAUAUAAUGUACAAAAUAAGACAUAUUCAUUACCUAAUGAUUACGAAGAACAUAGUAGAUUAAAUUUACAACACGCCAUAAUUAGAUAUAUUUGGCAAGGCAACUUUUCCGCACCAGUUGAACAUCGCCUUAAUCAAGAAGACACAAAGGUUCUUGACAUAGG